UUUGUGUGCCACAGCACCAACUUUGUAAGUGUCCAGCAAGGCAACGCUUUGGACAAUGUGCACGAUAAGAAAACUGCAACUUUAAUUUAACAAUAUUUAAUACAUUUACAUGCGUAACGAUCUCCAACACAAGCGAGGAGAUGCGCGCUGUAGAACCUUUAUUUUAACUAAGGAGACAGUGAAUUACUUUAUAAGCUGUUGAUCCCGAGAAGGAAACGCAAAGGACUACAUUUUUCUACAGCUAUUUACAAAGACCUGAGACCAAGAAGUCAUGAGAAUACGGAGACCAUGCGCACGGUUUUGUGAACUUGUACAAUCAGUUUAGGCUCGAGACAGAAAAGCGAAAACCGUUUUAUAUGUAAAGAUCAUUUUUCUGGUAUAUACGAAACUCGAGUUUUUGAAAGGGAACAUUUUUUACAUUUAGGAUUUUAUUCAAUGUUUUUUAUUUGAACUAUGGUGGAAUCGGCUCAUUGGGCAGGUACGGCGCGUUGUGCGCUGGUGAUCUUGUGUGCGCUUUUCCCGUUGUGUUCAGGCCAGUACCACGGUGAGAAGGGCAUCUCUAUACCCGAACACGGCUUCUGCCAGCCCAUCUCCAUACCCCUCUGUACGGACAUCGCCUAUAACCAGACCAUCAUGCCGAAUCUCCUCGGUCACACGAACCAGGAGGACGCCGGGCUGGAGGUGCACCAGUUCUACCCGCUCGUCAAGGUCCAGUGUUCCAUGGACCUGAAGUUCUUCCUGUGUUCUAUGUACGCGCCGGUCUGUACGGUCCUCGAGCAGGCUAUCCCGCCGUGCAGGUCCCUGUGUGAGCGGGCGAGACAAGGCUGCGAGGCCCUGAUGAAUAAGUUCGGUUUCCAGUGGCCGGAGAGGCUCCGCUGUGAGAACUUCCCCGUCCACGGAGCAGGAGAGAUCUGUGUGGGUCAAAACACCUCGGACACCGGUAGCCCCACCUCGUACCCAACACCCUACCUUCCUGAGCUCAUGACUCUACCCCACAAUAUGGGUCGACCGAGCAAGCAACAGGAGUUCUCCUGCCCGCUACAACUGCAGGUGCCCAACUAUCUGAACUACUAUUUUAUGGGGGUUAAGGACUGCGGCGCGCCUUGCGAGCCCACCAAGCCCAACGGGUUGAUGUAUUUUCGGGAGGAGGAGGUGAAGUUUGGCCGGCUCUGGGUCGGGAUCUGGUCCAUUCUGUGCUGUGUGAGCACCCUGUUCACAGUGCUGACCUACCUAGUGGACAUGAGACGGUUCUGCUACCCGGAGAGACCUAUCAUCUUCCUCUCUGGCUGUUACUUCAUGGUGGCCACGGCCUACGCCGCCGGGUUCAUCUUAGAGGAUAAAGUGGUGUGUAUUGAUCAAUUCAAGGAUACUGGUUAUAAGACUGUAGCUCAGGGAACUAAGAAGGAGGGCUGUACAAUUCUCUUUAUGAUUGUGUAUUUCUUCGGCAUGGCCAGCUCUAUAUGGUGGGUGAUUCUGUCCUUCACUUGGUUCCUCUCUGCCGGUAUGAAGUGGGGGCAUGAAGCCAUUGAGGCCAACUCUCCGUAUUUCCACCUCGCUGCCUGGGCUGUACCCGCUGUUAAAACGAUUACCAUCCUGGCCAUGGGACAGGUGGAUGGAGAUCUACUCACAGGGGUGUGUUAUGUGGGCAUCAACAGUGUGGAUUCCUUGCGUGGUUUUGUUCUGGCACCUCUUUUUGUCUACUUGUUUAUAGGGACGUCGUUCCUUCUCGCGGGAUUUGUCUCUCUGUUCCGGAUCAGAACUAUCAUGAAACACGACGGAACCAAGACGGAGAAGCUGGAAAAGCUUAUGGUUCGGAUCGGAGUGUUCAGUGUCCUCUACACCGUUCCUGCCACGAUCAUCAUCGCCUGUUACUUCUACGAGCAGGCGUUCCGUGAACAGUGGGAGAAAACUUGGCAUACACAGAUCUGUAAAAGGUUCGCUGUGCCUUGUCCAACAAACAAUUUUGCGCUCAUGACCCCAGACUUUACUGUCUUCAUGAUCAAGUAUUUGAUGACUUUGAUUGUCGGCAUCACCUCCGGGUUUUGGAUAUGGUCAGGCAAAACACUGCAGUCAUGGCGCAGGUUCUAUAAGAGACUGAGUACCAGCAACGAGGGAGAAACGACAGUAUGAACAUCAAUGACAGACCGAGUGAUAAUAUAAUGGGUUAUGUCCCAAAUGGCACCCUACGCCCUAUUUAGUGCACUACUUUUGUCCAGGGCCCAUAUAGUAGUGCACUAGUAAGGGAGUAGGGUGCCAUUUGGGAUCAGAACAUUACGCAUGGAAUAAGACCUAUGAUGAGUUCAAUACGGGGGUCCGUGGCUCGUGCAGCCCCGCCCCCUCCUUUCAGGAGCCAAUAAAAAGCCAUUGUGGUUUCCCAGAUCCCAGUGUUGUUGUUACGAAAACAAGCUCAUACGGACACUUUAUUGUGCAACGAUCAUCUGAAGAGGAAUACGGAGAAACGGAUCGUUCCUAAACGUAUCGUUACCGGCAUGUAGGUCAAAUUCUGAAUCAUGUAGAGCCCCUGGGUGUUUGUAAGAAAGUGUUUUUCAUUUACAGAGGUGAUCCUAUAACAAUUGUAUACAAUGAAUGAGCCCAUUCACACUAUAGAGCUACGACGACAUCAUAUAACGCUACUGGCUUCAGUUGAACAUGUUUGACCUGAUGAAUUUAUACUGCAUUUUUGUUUGACAUUCGCAGCCAACCAGUGACAAUCAUGCAUAUUUUUGUGGCACAUUAAGACUGACAGACAUUGUAUUUAGAGAUGGGAUAGAAUAUGCAUGUGUGAAGCAGUGGAAUUAUGCCAGCUACUGCAGUAUACAUAUCUUGCAAAAACAUAUAUAUUUUUUCUUCAACAUUUUUUAAUCUAUUUUGGAUAAAAAUCAUGCAAUUUUUUUACAAAUGCUUUUUAAUGCUGUAAACGGUUUGUCGGCUACCUGUACAAUUUCACAGAUUAAAAUUAUUAUUAUUAUUUUAAA